AUGGAGUACCUCCUCCGCUUCAUCCAGACGCACGAGACGUUCCGGCUCCCCGAAAUCCAAGCCCUCGCCGACCUCGAAGGCAUCCCCAUGGAGGUCAUCUCCUACAGCCUCGACUCGCCCUUCUGCACACUCAAGCUCCCCUCCGACGAUGCCGCUCGCCGCCUCCUGAGCCGCAGCAUCUCCGCAAAAGCAAUCUACGCCCUCUGGGGCAGCGGCCCCACCUACCCCGCGCUCCACGAGUCCGUCCUCGCCACGUCCACCCCCUGGUGGCGGCAAUUUCAAGGGCAAAGCUUCAAAUUCACCAUCGACAGCUUCCAAGGCUCACGCAUCCACGCCGACAUCUGUGAGCUCAUCAACUCCUUCGCAUACAUGUCCUUCACCGGCCCCGUCGCCCUCAAGAACCCCGAUCUCCGCUUCUGCGUCCUCGAAGACUGGGCGUUCGACGCGCAGGCCCACGGCUCGAGUACCCCUCAGCACCUCUACCUAGGGCGUCUGGUGGGCACUUCCCAGCGCGAGAUAGUGGGGAAGUACGACCUCAAGAAGCGGAGAUAUAUCAGCACCACAUCCAUGGACGCCGAGCUGGCCCUGAUCACCGCGAACAUCGCCCUCGCGCGCCCCGGCGCAAUCUUCUACGACCCCUUCGUCGGCACGGGCUCCUUCCCGGUCGCAUGCGCGCAUUUCGGCGCGCUGGCAUUCGGAUCCGACAUCGACGGGCGCGCGAUCCGCGGGAAGGGGGGGAGGAAUCUGAGGGCGAAUUUCGCGCAGUAUGAUCUUGCUCCGGGAUUUGGAGAUAGUUUUGUGGCGGAUUUGACGAAUAGCCCGUUACGGCCGGGACAGUAUCUUGAUGGGAUCGUGUGUGACCCGCCCUAUGGCGUGAGGGAGGGGUUGAAGGUGUUGGGGCAUAGGGAGAAGAGGGUUGGGCCGGUGUAUGAUGGGCCUGAUGCGCAUCAUCUACAACCCGGGUACGUGCCGCCGAAGCGGCCGUAUUCCUUCUCCGCAAUGGUAGGGGACCUUCUUGCGUUUGCGGCUGGGUCGCUGGUGGAGGGUGGACGGCUGGCGUUUUGGAUGCCGACUGCGAAUGAGGAGGAGGUGAGGCUUGAGGUGCCGGGACAUCCGGAUUUGGAGCUGUUGAGUGUGUGUACGCAGAGUUUUAAUAAGUGGUCGAGGCGGCUGUUGACGUAUCGGAGGAGGGGGGAGGGGGAGGAGAGGGGGGAGCUGGUGGGGAUUGAUGGGACGAAGGUUGGGGGGAGGGGGUGGAGGGGGGGGUGA